CCUCUGGCUAUGACUAGGACUGGCACGACGCGAGAACAGCCAUUCGACUCCAGUAUUAGUGCGGUGUAGAAGUGCUUCACGGUGUUUAAACUUGUCUCACGACUUUGCCUGCCUUCCUCCCUGAGUUUAUCCAAUUUUCUGUUCCGUGACUUCGACACACCCGGUGUACAGACAAAAUGCCUUUUAAACCAGUAGAGCACCCCAAGUGUCCCAAAUGCGGCAAAUCCGUGUAUGCCGCGGAAGAACGUGUUGCUGGAGGACUCAAAUGGCACAAGAUGUGCUUCAAGUGUGGUCUGUGCGGCAAACUGCUCGACUCGACAAACUGCACCGAGCACGAGGGUGAACUGUUUUGCAAAGUGUGCCACGGUCGUAAGUUCGGCCCUAAAGGAUACGGCUUCGGUGGAGGCGCUGGUUGCCUGUCCAUGGAUCAGGGCGAACACUUGAAGAGUAGCGAGGAGCUCGCGAGAGGAUCGAACGCCAUUCUGGAACCAAGAGCCAUCGCGAAGGCGCCUGAGGGCGAGGGGUGUCCCCGUUGCGGAGGGUACGUGUACGCAGCUGAGCAGAUGCUGGCGAGAGGAAGGCAAUGGCACAGGGAAUGCUUUAAAUGUGCCAACUGCUCCAAGAGAUUAGACUCGGUCAACUGCUGCGAAGGUCCUGAUAAGGACAUCUAUUGUAAAGUAUGCUACGGAAAGAAAUUCGGACCGAAGGGUUAUGGCUACGGUCAGGGUGGUGGCGCCCUACAAAGCGACUGCUACGCCAAUGGCGAGGCUGCUCCUCGUACCACCGUGAUCGACACCGCUGCAAUCAAGGCCCCACCUGGCAAAGGUUGUCCACGUUGUGGCGGCGUAGUCUUUGCCGCUGAACAGGUGCUCGCAAAGGGCCGUGAAUGGCACAGGAAGUGCUACAAGUGCCGUGACUGUACCAAAACUCUCGACUCUAUCAUCGCCUGCGACGGGCCCGACAAAGAUGUCUACUGCAAGACAUGCUAUGGAAAGAAGUGGGGACCGCACGGAUACGGAUUUGCAUGUGGAUCAGGAUUCUUACAGACCGAUGGCCUAACGGAGGAAGAAAUCUCGGCCGGUCGGCCAUUUUACAAUCCUGACACGACCGCUAUCAAGGCGCCAGCUGGCCAGGGUUGCCCACGUUGUGGUGGUAUGGUGUUCGCUGCUGAGCAACAACUCGCCAAAGGUACCAUGUGGCACAAGAAAUGCUUCAACUGUGCCGAGUGCCACAGACCCUUGGACUCUAUGCUAGCCUGUGACGGACCUGACAAGGAAAUUCACUGCCGGUCAUGCUACAGUAAACUAUUCGGACCCAAAGGUUUUGGAUUCGGACACACCCCGACUCUUGUUUCAACCAAUGGAGAUCACGCUCCCUCGUACAUUGAUUCAAAGCCCCAGCUCGGCCAGAAGCGUGACGACGGACACGGAUGCGCUCGUUGUGGCUACCCGGUGUACGCGGCCGAGCAAAUGAUCUCGAAAAACCGCGUGUGGCACAAGCGUUGCUUCAGCUGUGCCGAGUGUCACCGUUCGUUAGACUCGACGAAUUUGAACGACGCUCCAGACGGGGACAUCUACUGUCGCGGUUGUUACAACCGGAAUUUCGGUCCGAAGGGCGUCGGUUUUGGCAUGGGCGCGGGCACCCUAACGAUGGCCUAAAUCAUCCCGAAAGAUCAUCGACUUGUU